GUGUGGCAAGUGGAGCCAGGGCAUCCUCGCGAUUUACCUGCCGCUGCACACGUUUUUGUGGGGCUCUUGUUCUGGCGACCUGGUGAUACUGGGACACCUUAUAGCUUUUGGGGCAAUUAGGGAUUACUAACGUAGGACCCCGAUUCAGCGGCUUCGCACACUGCCGGGGGGCUGGAAUAGGCAAUGUGUUAACCUUGGGACCCCGCCAGUCGGCGGAUGAGUCAUGUUUCUGAUUUGCGUAGGGGGAAAGGCUUUCCAACCGCUCGGAAACUCGUGGGAGUCGUUCGACAUGUCGUGGACGUAAAUACAUUUUGGGAGCUGAUGUGGGGUGGAUUGUGGCCUGUGAGACGGCUGGUGUAAACAUUGCACUUUACCCGCACGCCGAUGCAUACGUGGCUGCAAGAAGCGCACUUCCGAGGCGAGGCGAUGGUAUUUAUAUCAUCUGGAAACGCCUCCUCCAACCGGAAUCUGUCUCCAUAUUGCUCGGAACUCCAUCGGUUGCUCGGAACUCUGCUCCCAUGCCGAACCACUCGAUAAUUGGCCAUUGCCUCCACUUGUUGAGUUUUCGAUUGGACUGAGCCUGCCACAACAACAGCGAGUUAUAAACAGCAACAACUUGCGCAAAACCCGACCCAACUCACAUGCAUGGAGGCCCUAUCAAUGUGGCACAGUGGCUUGGUGUUCGUACAGUGGAUAAUGGUCGGAGGAAAUUCCGAAAAUAAUUAUACUAAGUGGUAAUUACCAUUUAGUAGCCCAACAAGGAGUCCAGCUUGAAUGUUUGUAGAGUUAAACUUGGUAAAUUCUUUAGAGAAGUAAAUAUGAGUUGUAUCUUAGAGAAAACUACAAUAGACAACUGGAGGAAUUGAGGAAAAUUCUAUUCUAUUCUAUUUCUAUUCUAUUCUACUCUAUUAUCUUUUGGGUAAACAAACCAUCUCAGUACAGUAGGCAUUGGCAAGACAAACUAGGCUAUUUUCUUUGUUGGAAUUUUUCAACCUUCAGAAAGAAUCUUAACAGAAAGAAUAUAACUUUUAUAACAAUUAUGUGUAUGUAUAGCCCUUGCGAUAACGAAUCAAAGAAACUUAUAAACAUUAUUCCUAAUGAGUCAACAAUUACUUAAAAAUAAAAAAACGAUAAGCUUCGAAAUUGUUAAAUUUUACAGGAAUUAAAUAUUGUUUUGAAAAUGAUUUAUGAUGAAAUGCGAGUAGCUAAAUAUGUUUUAAAUAAUAAAUAUUAAACAUUUGCAUAGCAAAUUUUUUAUGAUUUUUAUAAGUAUUGCACAGAAUACAAAAGACCAACUGUUGAUUUCAAAUCUCGCUGCUUAUCAAAAGCAUUGAAUUGAUAAUAUUAUAAUUGUGGCUGCCAUUAAUUGGAUAUUAAUCUAUGGUAUCUUAUCAAUUUAUUCAGAAAAAAGCAUACAUUUUAUAAAAAUACAACUUCAGUAAAAGAAUAUAAUGAUGUUUGUACAGGAUUCGUAAUGUUUUUGGGGAAAAAACGAUAAGAAAGAGUGGCCCUUGACAAAUCUUCACUGUAGUCUUGGUAGUUUCUGCUGCUGUUGCCCCUUUUGCUUUGCGCUCUUUUGUGGCGUUUCUCCUCUUUCGUGCUGACACGAAUCAUCAGCCAGCGGAGCCAAAGAGCCAAACACUCCACAUCUACCCAUUUCUAAGCCGAGAUCGAGUCAGUUGGCUUUUAGCAGUAGGAGAGCGUGGAAGCAGGCCCAGAACCGCAGUCGAAAACGAAACGAAACCGACGCCGAAAGACCUAAAACCAGCUGCGAUCGCAUGGGGAGGGGAAUAUAUGUGGCUCUCGGAGGGGAAAGAACUGAAAGCUCAGCAAGAAACCACCAGCAAAGUGGCUAGAAGCAGGGCCAAGAAAAUGUGCUCAGAUCUGACCGUGGAAACGUGAUACCCGCUUAGGAUUGGGCCGGGGGACCACAUGCUCCUCCUGCGCCAGCUGCCACGUUCAAAAAUAGAAAGUUGCUGCCAAAGAUGAAAGCGACCGCCGCCAAUGCCACAGAAUGAGCGAAUCGGAACCCAAUAGCCUGGAGUUCAUUGAAGACUCGUACCUGCCAGGCAUCGAUGAUCUCACCAGCACACCAUCCCUGGAUCUGGAAGCUAGCGAUGCCGUCUUGGACUGGUAUGGAGAUGGGCAGGAGGAGAGCGAGGCUGAUCUAUAUCUGCGUAAUCUGACGCUAGACCAGAUCUUCUAUGAUGUGGAUUCGGACUACACCAACAGCCUGGAGCUGCAGGCAGUGGAGGCGGAGUUCAUUGGCGCCAAGUUAGCCAACCAGGCACCCUCCUCCUCAAUGGCCAAACGCUUCCGGCUGAAGUUCUUCACCAAGCGAAGCAUGCGCGACGUUAAGGUCACGUUCAUAGACUUCUCCAAGCCGUAUCUGGCCAAAAUAUCGAACAGCGAUAACUACAAGAGAUUUCUCAACAUUGGGCAUAGAAGUAGAGGUACCACUAUUUUUGGGGUUUGAGGUCAGAGGCUUUGUUCUGGGUCUUUUACACACUCCCCUUCCCAUUUCAACCAUGACUAACCCGACUAACUUUUCUGUCUCUCCCAUUCUUUUGGCUGCCUUUCGACUCGACAGUUUGUGAGUAUUACCAAACCCCAGAACUAACAAAUUAACCAACUCAUGUCUUUGCAAAUUGCACAUAAACAAACCGAAUUCGGUGUACUCAGCCUAUGACAAAGUCUUUGAGGAGGUUGCUUUCAAAGGAGGUACAUAAUCACUGCCCGCAGACAACAUUUAAAUUAUGCUACAGUCCCCUCCACCGCACACGAUUUUCUAUUUGUUAUUGGAAACGGAUAUUUAAUGAUUUCUCCUUUCGU